CCAGAAAGUGAGACGCGGGCAGAAAGACGAUUCACUGCGGAGCAGAUGGCGACCGCCAAGAAACUAACAGACAAUCACCUGACCUGUGUCAUCUGUACUGAGGUGUUCACAGACCCAGCCACACUUCAGUGUAAUCAUACAUUCUGUAAGUCCUGUCUGCUGAAGUACACCAAGACACAGCCGGAAGCAGUACAAGCUAAGUCCAUCCCAUGUCCCUCCUGUAGACAACUAACGAAGGUGACCACCCCUGACAGUCCAGUAGAGGAGUGGGUCAGUCAUCUGAAACCAAGCCACGUCAUACAGGGACUGAUGGACGACUUUAAACCAGGGGCAGAAGCUGCCGAUGCAAAUGUCUGCAGUGUUUGCAAAACACAAGGGAAGACAACUCCUGCAACAUCAUGGUGCUCCGUCUGUGACGAGGUCUUCUGUGAUGGAUGUCUGAAGAUGCACAACAUCAUGCCAAUGUCACGUGACCAUGACGUUGUGGAUGUGUCUGAUGCUACCAAGAGAAAACCUAGGCAUCGCUUUAUGUGUAAAACACACAAAGACAAACAGAUAGAGUUGUUCUGUAAAGAUUGUAGGAUAGCCAUUUGUCAUACAUGCUGCAGUAUAGAACACAGGAAAUGUGACGAUGUUGAUACCUUAGAUAAUAUGACUCCUCUUGUAAGAGAACACCUGUCAAAUCAAAACUAA